GGCGCCGCUUGCCGAAAAGAUGGAGUGUCCUGCGCCUGAUGCUGUGGAUGCUGCGGACCCUGGAGGAGCCGGACCGUACAAGAGCUCCGAGGAGCCGGAGGGUCGGGAACCGGACGGAGUGCGCUUCGACCGCGAGAGGGCGCGUCGCCUGUGGGAAGCUGUGUCCGGUGCGCAGCCGGCGGGGAGGGAGGAAGUGGAACACAUGAUCCAGAAGAACCAGUGUCUCUUCACUAGCACCCAGUGUAAGGUUUGCUGCGCCAUGCUGAUUUCUGAGUCUCAGAAGCUAGCACAUUACCAGAGCAAAAAGCAUGCCAACAAAGUGAAGAGAUACCUAGCAAUCCAUGGAAUGGAGCCACUAAAGGGGGACGUGAAGAGGCUGGACUCAGAUCAGAAGAGCAGCAGAAGCAAAGACAAGAACCACUGCUGCCCCAUCUGUAACAUGACCUUUUCUUCCCCUGCUGUGGCACAGUCGCACUACCUGGGGAAGACCCACGCAAAGAGCCUAAAGCUGAAGCAGCAGUCCACUAAGGGGGCAGCUUUGUCGAAACACCUUACAAAUCCUUUCCUUGUGGCCUCCACCUUAGCCUUACAGCAGAAUAGAGAGAUGCUAGACCCAGACAAAUUCUGCAGCCUCUGCCAUUCAACGUUCAACGACCCUGCCAUGGCUCAACAGCAUUACAUGGGCAAGAGACACAGGAAGCAGGAGACUAAGCUCAGACUCAUGGCGCACUAUGGGCGGCUGGCGGACCCUGCUGUCCCUGACUUACCAGCUGGGAAGGGCUACCCCUGCAAGACGUGUAAAAUAGUGCUGAACUCCAUAGAGCAGUACCAAGCUCACGUCAGUGGCUUCAAACACAAAAACCAGUCACCCAAAACAUUGGUGACACUCGGGAGCCAGACGCCAGUGCAAACACAAGCCACUCCAACGGACUCAAGCACGGUGCAAGACUAAAGCUGCCUCUGCCUGCCAGCCUUGGUGGGACAGCCAUAAGCCAGUUCCUGGUGACUGUGGUUAGCCAUGGCUCCUUCCUCCUCCUCAUAUCAGAAGAAUGUGGAGGCGUGAGGCCAGCUUGGGCUGCAGAUCUGCAGAUAGCCUGACUGCGCCCAGAUACAACUCCUGCCCCUCUUGAGCAUGGCCCUAUAGGCUAUGGCAGGAGACAGGGCUCUGAGAAGACCUGAGCUGAAGGUUUAGAGGUUGGUCUUCCCUGCCCCUCUGGGUGUAUGUCCUACAGUCCCAAUGUCUGUUUUUUACUCUCAAGGUCAGUUGGGAGCGAGGUCCUGCAGAGAAGGGAGAGCACUGUCUCUAGGCUCCAGGCAGCUUGGUGUAGAAAUUUGGAGCUAAUGUGUCAUUUCCUGUCCCUCAAGUGUUCAGGCUUGCUCAGUAUAGAUCCCACCAACCAUGAGGUCUCCCGGAACACAGAGUCUCAGCGGCAGCAGAGCACUGCCAUCUCCGCUGCCUGCUGUCUCCAGUUCCCACGUGGUGCUAGGCAGCUGCGGCAGCUCAGCGUCUGAGGAGACCUGAGUGCCCAGUGGGGUCCUGGUAGGCACCUAAGGGGUUGCGCCAACCCAGGGCCAUGUGAGAAAGUCUCCCACCUGCUGCGUUCCUUGAUUCUGUGCCCUGGUAGGUAACUGCCUCCCGCCAGCCUACUACAAGCUCACUCGGUGUUAGCUCUGUGCCCUUGGGUGGCGGGGCCCAGGUUGCCGUGGUGCUAUCCCCCCCUUGUCCUCAGGGAGACUCUGGGACUAAAAAGGGGUUUAGAACUGUCCAGGGUCACAGAGCAAAGGGUCCUAGCCCCUGACCUGAGGAAUUCCCACUGGGUUUGUGUCCUGGGACCCCCUGCAGUGGGUUUACACAUGACUGUGGAUGGAGCAGGUCUUCCAGGGAGUAUCCCUAAAGCUUGCAGAGAUAAAAGGCUUCCCUGGUAGUGCCGUCGGAUACCAUGUAGGGAUGGGGCAGGGCUUAAACUCUUGUUCUUUGGUCACUCAGCCAUCCAAAAAGAAAUUCUUCUGUGAGUCAGGCUGUAAUCUCUGCCCUGGGGUUACAGCCGUGUUGAUACUGCUGUGGCAUCCCCACACAGUCAUCCCAGUGUCUUCAAUAACAUCUUACCCAGAAAAGGUUUCCCUGAUGCCCUAAGCCCAACCCAGUUCAUCCCCUAGCUAAGGGAUUGAUAGUUGAGAUACUCUGGCUACUGAGUGGGGGACUGCGGAGAGGCCAGUGUGAAAGCUGUGUCCAUACAGCUGCUUGUCUCCAGAUGUCCAGGAUGCUGUCUUAAGUGCUGGAUGUGAGUGACUGGGUGGCAGUGCUGAAGACAGGUGUCCUUUCCCACUCCUCUUAAAGAGCUGUCGGCAUUUCCACGAAGUCCUCCUAGGCUGUCUGGUCCUUGGGAGAGCCUUUAAUUUGACACAGAAGUGACAGGGCAAAGGGCGUUAUGGCUUGGAAACUGAUGCAGAUGGGCCAGGCCAAGCACCAGCAGCCCCAGGUCCUUGCAGCACACUGCUCUGGGCACCAGCAGCCCCUAGCGCCUGACUUAAGCUCUUGACUCCUGGGUCGGUUCUCUGCUUUCGGCUUCCCAAAUGUAGGUCCCAGCAGUCUCCCUAGAAGUCUGCGCCGGAGUCGGUGUCAGAGCUAGUAAAGAGCGUGCCACAUCGAGGAAGGGUAGGCCGAGUGGCUUGGACGGCCUCUGGGUUUAAAUAGAUUCAGGAGUCCCUACCAGCUUCAUGCCCAGCACUGUGGGUGUGAAAACCCUACAAGUAACUCACUGUUGCCCUCUGGAAGCUCACACACUUGAAAAUCAUGAUUUGGAGUCUCAUGGGGCAGGUGGGAGUGUCCAGGACAGGAGCACUAACAGUGUGGAGUAGAAGGCUGAGAGAGAAAUGGCUGGUCUGUGUGGCUUUGUUUUAUGUAGCCCAGGCUGCUCUCAGACUUGUCAUUGGAAGCCUUGAGCUGCUUGCUGACCCUCCCACCUCUGCCUCCCUGGUUCUGGGAUGGUGGGCACAUGGCCCCGUGUCCCACAUCGGCUUUUAUCCACAUUAUUGUGGGUUUGGUUGUUGGGUUUGCUUUGGUUUUUCAGGACGGGGUCACAGUAUGCAGCUCUGGCUGUUCUGGAACUCACUCUGUAGGCCUUGAACUCAGUCCCACCUGCCUCCCCCCGCCCCCCCCCCCAAGAGCUGUGAUGAAAGGCGUGUGCCACCGUGCCUGGCUGAGAGGGUUUUAAUACUAUCUAGUAGUCCUUUAUUUGGAUCAGUCACAACCUAGCUUUGUACUGUUUAAUCGUAUUGUUUUCUCCUUGAGGUUAUCUUGAAUAAAACUGCUAUA